ACCCAAAUCACCAUCUCUCCCAAUCAUCUAUCCCCACGUCCUACUCAUCCCCGGCGCACGUUAGUCCACACAGAGCCAUGGCAGCCACCACGUCCGCCGCCGCCACUUCAUCCUUCAUCGGAACACGGUUCCCCGAAGUCCACUCCGGUUCGGGGCGAGUCCAAGCCCGGUUCGGAUUCGGGGCCAAGAAGGCUCCGGCGAAGAAAUUUGCGAAGCCGGGUUCGGACCGUCCGCUGUGGUUCCCGGGAGCAAAAGCACCCGAGUGGUUGGACGGAACAUUGGUGGGAGAUUACGGGUUCGACCCGUUCGGGUUGGGGAAACCGGCGGAGUACUUGCAAUUCGAGUUGGACUCGUUGGAUCAAAACUUGGCGAAGAACUUGGCGGGUGAUAUAAUCGGGACCCGAUUCGAAAGCGCGGAUGUAAAAUCGACACCGUUUCAGCCCUACAGUGAGGUGUUUGGGUUGCAGAGGUUUAGGGAGUGUGAGUUGAUUCAUGGAAGGUGGGCCAUGUUGGCUACGCUGGGUGCACUUACGGUGGAGUGGCUCACUGGCAUUACGUGGCAAGAUGCCGGAAAGGUGGAGCUACUUGAAGGGUCAUCCUACCUUGGCCAACCACUUCCAUUCUCCAUAACCACAUUGAUAUGGAUUGAGGUCCUAGUCAUUGGCUACAUUGAGUUCCAGAGGAAUUCCGAACUCGACCCGGAGAAGAGGCUGUACCCAGGGGGUAAAUACUUCGACCCUCUAGGUUUAGCCUCUGACCCUGAGAAGAAGGCAACCCUCCAACUUGCUGAGAUCAAGCACGCCCGCCUUGCCAUGAUUGCCUCCCUUGGGUUCGCUGUCCAAGCGGCUGCCACUGGCAAAGGCCCGCUCAAUAACUGGGCGACCCAUUUGAGUGACCCGCUUCACACCACCAUUAUUGACACCUUUUUCUCUUGAGAAACUCCUCUUUUGCCUAUAUAUUAUCUCUUUAUUAUCACUACUCUGGCUGAGAGAGCAUUUCACCUUGUAUUGAUUAUUGCCUAUGUGUUGCCAUCUUGUAAAAAUUGCGACGUUUGACUGUUUAAGCAGAGCUCUGUAUUGUCUUCUAUUGUCAAUUACUCUGA